UCCAACUAUCUUAGCCUCUAGUCUCGCAACGCUCUUUACGAGCCGAGACUAGAGGCGUCCGCCCGACGGGAUGCGAUGUUUUGAGGUUACGCCGUAACCUUAUCGACCGCUCGCGCGUAGAUCUAUUACCGCGAUGCGAAGUGUCGAUCACUCGGCGCUUCGCACGACAACGAUAUCAAUGGUAUGUACAUACGCAACGACACAAUAACGCAGAAUGUGCGUAACCGUGAUUCUUUUGGCAACCGUGAAAAGCCGCGAAAUGGACCUGAAAGAUGCGACGGACGACGAGUUCCAGAACAAUAGAAACUUUUCGAAGGUGCGCAGACAAAUACAUGCGCCACCUAUCGCGAGCACCUCUACAUAGAAACAACUGUGUACGCUCGCGCGUAGGAUUAUCAAUGAUGAAGAUGUCGCGCAAUAGGUGGCGCGUGUUAUUGUUUGUGCGUUCGAAAAGUUUCCGUCGCUCUGGAGCCUGGAGCUCAUCCUCCGUCGCUCAUUGUGUCCUUCAGGCUCAUUUCGUAGCAUUUCGCGGCUGCCAAAAGAGUUAUGGCUACGCACGUUCUGCGUUAUUGUCUCGUCGCGUCGUGUGCCAGCGAUAUCGGUGUGGGUAGAAGUGCCGGGUGAUCGUCGCGUUGCAACAAUUAGUUUGCGCGCGAAAAGUUGACGAGGUUAUGGCGCAACUUGGCGUUCCGACGGACGCCUCUCGUCUUAGCUCGUAAGGGUCGUUGCGAUAGUUAGAGCGUGAAUAAAUUAUCUGUGCGAUCUUCGAAAGGUUUCCGUCGCUCUCGAGCUUCCGUCGUUCGUCGGCCGUCGCAUCGUUCAGUCGAAUUUCGCAGCUGCCGACAGAGUUGUCGCUGUGCACAAUCCGCACAUUCCGUCGUUAUUGUUACGUUCCGUCGUAUGCCGGUGAUAUCAGUGUCGUGCAAAGUGCCCGGUGAUCGUCGCGUUGCGAUAAUUAGUCUAUAAGGUUAUGGCGCAAUCUCAGGACAUUGCUUCCCGACGGGCGGGCGCCUCUCGUCUUAGCUCUAAGGGUUGUCGCGAUAGUUGGAGCGUGAAUAAAUUAUCUGCGCAAACUUCGAAAAGUUUUAGUCGCUCUGAAGCUUCCAUCGGCCGUCGCAUCGUUCGAUUUCGCGGCUGCUGAAAGAGUUGUGGCUACGUGCAAUUCGCAUAUUCCGCCGUUAUUGUUUCGUCCUGUCGCGUGCCAGUGAUAAUCGGUGUCGUGCGGAGUGCCCGGUGAUCGUCGCGUUGGUAAUCAGUGUACGCGCAAACGUUAACCUUACUCUCGCGAGUGAUCAGUGUUUUGAAUGUGCAAUGGCAGUGGAGAGGAGAGGAGAGGCGGCCAGGAUGGUAUGAGGCGACGGCGGAACAACUCUUGGAUUUUAAUGUAGGUGCGUUACAACUCUGCUGCCGCGCAUCGGUUCGGUAGCGAUUAAGAUAAUAGACGUCGAGCAAGGCAAGAAGGACUACGUGAUGAAGAACCUGACGAGGGAGGCGAAGGUCCUGUCAAUGCUGCAGCAUCCGAGCAUCGUGAGGCUCUACGAAACUAUCUGGUGCGGAUCCAUGUACUAUCUCGUGACGGAACUCGCGACUGGCGGCGACCUGUGCACACACAUUAAGGAGCAGCCGGCCGGUAAACUGGACGAGAACACGGCGAGGCUCUAUGCCAGACAGCUGGUCGCCGCGCUCAAGCACAUGCACUCGAAAGGAGUCGUUCACCGGGAUCUUAAAAUGGAGAAUAUCGUGCUACAGGACGAACGCAAGGAACAGAUCAAGAUAGUGGAUUUUGGUCUCAGCAAUAUUUACGCUAGCGGCGAUCCUCUGCGAACGCAAUGCGGAUCUCCGGAGUAUGCUGCUCCCGAACUCUUCGUCGUAGGUAAACGAUAUGGGCCGGAAGUGGAUUUAUGGAGCCUAGGAGUCGUUUUGUACGGAAUGAUUAUCGGUCGACUUCCAUUCCUGUGUCCCCGCAAUGAAUGGACAUCGUUGGAGGAACGUCGACGGAAGUUGAUGAUACAGAUCAACAGGGGCUUGACGUCGGUCCAGGAGAAGGCCAUGCACCAAACGUCGUUCGAAUGCAGGAAUCUGAUAAACGGUCUUCUCAUUCCAUCGGCUCGCGAGAGGAUCACCAUUCGAGAGAUCCUUGAUCAUCCGUGGAUCCUCGCAUCGUCGAAGAGCAAUUUUCAUUUUUACUCUGAAGACGACUCGAAUGACGUUUCUAAUCAUGCCACGAUAGUGAACGAGAUCGCGACGGCAAUGCGAACAACUACGGCUGCAGUCGAGGCUGAAAUAAUGAGACAAAAGUACGGAGAAAUUGGCGGCAUGUAUAAUAUUAAGGAGCAUAAAUUGUAUCAAGCAGCCGCUGCUGUUUAUCAGUCAGCACCGCGACUUCUUCGAAGUUCCACGCGUCGAACGGAAGACGUUUCGUCAUCGACCAUGAUUAUCAGAAAGACGAAGGAUAAUUUACGAAACGGUACAUCCGGGAACUCUGACAAUACCGAUCGCAUAAUCGUCAUGCGACGUGGCCAGGUGCAAGAUCGAUCGGUCAAGAAAUCCCCAUUACACGGUUCCACGGCGUGGAACUGGCGAUGCCGCUCCGGAAACGAAAAUCGCUCUUCCGAGGAACGGAGAAAUUACAGGAUUCGUUAUGAUGACAUGAACGCAUCUUUAUCACCUCAACAGUAUCGUAUGUCGCAAAUUAUAAAAAACCAGGAUGAUAAAAUAUCGGAUCGACGACUGCUCAGAGAUGAAAGGAAGACAAGAAACUCUACAGCUUGUAAUAUUUCUAAAAAAAUAGAGAAAAAGAACGGCAUCUCUAGGACCAAUAAAACAGAUUGUGAAAUAAUUCCCAGCCCUUCGACUUUGCAAACCUAUUCACGCGUUAGUAGCGAAAGCGUGCCUACUUCGCGAAUUAAGGAGACUUUUCACAAAAAGAUACUGGCCCCACCGUGGCGAUGUCGAGUCGGAAGUGCGAAAAUUAGAAGGGAUACGUGAAACCAGAAGCAUCUUUCGAACGGAGUGUGAAAAAUGGUGGCGUUUUCGCUUUUCGCCGAGCAGAAAAAACCGGCGAAAAUAUACGUGUCUACGCGAAAUUGGACGUUAAUCGUGUUAAAUCAUUCGCAUGUACUCCCCAUCGAUUAAAGACUCUCGUUCACUCUAAAUUGGAUUAACAAGUUUAACGGACGACCUGCGUCGCGUGUGUGAAACUAUCUGACUAAUAAAAUUCAGGUAGACGCGAUAUCUUUUGGUUAAUGCGCCUCUCGUUUAUCAGCAAAGAGUCUCUAUUCCAAUUAGAGGUUGCUCUAAUGUAAUAUUGUAUACUCCCACAUAUAUUUAUAAUACAAUGAACAAUACAUCAUGUAACAAAAA